CACUCUGCCCCCCGUUCCUGGCACGGACGCUGCCAACAGGGACCCUCGGCUUCUGCGGAUGUUUUCCCAUUGCAGUUACCCUGUGCGCGGGUUGGCCGAGACCCUUAACUGGUAGAGUGAAGACUUAACAUGGCAACCUUCCUCACAGCCCCCAAAGCCCAUUCCGUCCUGAAGCGUUUUCCACGGGCCAAUGGCUUUCUGGAAGAGUUUCGCCAGGGCACCAUUGAGCGUGAGUGCGUGGAGGAGGUCUGCAGCUAUGAGGAAGUCAAGGAGGUCUUUGAGAACAAGGAGAAGACGAUGGAGUUCUGGAAGGGCUAUGCCUACUCCGUCAAAGAUGCCUCCGACGGGACAGAACGCUCCGACGCCAUGUACGUCGUCGUGCCCCUGCUAGGCGUGGCAUUGCUCAUCGUCAUUGGCCUCUUCAUCAUCUGGCGCUGCCAACUGCAAAAAGUCACGCACCACCGUCCCUCCUACCCCCAAAAUAGGGGCCUGGCCAGCCGAGCGGCGCGCAGCUUGCCCAGGGUGAGGGUGCACCGCGAGGCUCCUCCACCUCCCGGCCAAAGCGAAUCCCACUGCCAGCAGGACCCAAGCGGCAGAGGGGCUGCCGAUGGCGAGUGGGGGCAAGGGCCACCCAGUCAGCUGGCCAGGACACUUGUUGAGCCCGAGCACAUGGCUCCCCCGCUGCCUAGACUGUGCAGUGCCUCUCCUCCCCCCUCCUACGAAGAAGUGACGGGGCGGCCUCAUCGUGGUGGCAGCAGUGGGGCAGAGGAGCCCAACGUGUCCUACAGCGACCCACCCCCCAAAUAUGAGGAGAUUAUGAAUCCCCUUCACGCUCCUGGGAAGUAA